CCUGGUGCCGCAAAGUUAAGAUUAGUUUAGUUUCGUCUCGUAGAUGUAUGGUGUACUAUAAACUGUUAGAAAUUGCUUACAGUUUUAAAUCCUUUAAACGUAGGAAUCUAUAUAACAUGCUAAAAUAAAGUGGGUUUACAAAGCAAAACCCUUCGACCAUGGUACGUAAUUAGAGUGUCUUUUAAGUUGACGGGGAAUUCUAUUCUAUACAAAGAAAAAUCCAAAACCCUAUGUGGAUUUAGUUUAGGAGUUACAAUGAGGACCAACGCGGGAGGUAUUGCCGUAUAUUGCACCACAUUUCAGUUCACUCGAACGUGACAUAUGCCGACUACUCGACUAGAGUGAAAAAGGGAAACAUAAAAACCUUUAGAAAAGAACGCCACUGGACUAGAACGUUAUUGUGGGUGGGUGGGAUAACGACAGUGUCGUGUUCCUGUUUACAGAUUCAGGUUAAGGUAGAUGUAUGUCUCGCAUAUAGAAAAGAAAACGAAUAGUUAGAGUAUUUGUAUUGCAGAAAACAAGUGUAAGUAUUAUAUGUUAGUAGGCUUUAACGUGAAUGCAAUGUAUUAAGAACUUUCACAGUAUACUACUACGAUAUAUGUUUUUGUUUGUGGCAAAUGUAUUUGUGUGAAUGCUGGCAAGUUUUUAAUUUAACUUGUGGCCUAUCAAUCACGGGCCUUUAAUUGUCAAGUCGACAUGCUGCGUACAAAUAACCAAAAAAAUGAACAUUAAAUACGUUGUCAAUUGUGUAUGAUUUCUUAUAAUUCCCUUUUAGCAGGGUUACAUAAUACAUACGUUUAUUCUAUCGCAGACAGAAAGGGAACCAACACAGUGGGCGCCCGGUCCUAUUAUAGAACAUUGAUUCUUCACGUUUUGGCGCGGUGUAUGUAUAUGAGCAUGAGUUAGUAUUGCGGAGAUCGUUUGUUAAUAUACUCGGGAAAAGGCAAACCCACGCUAUUCAUGACACGGGUGUCUUGAUUCAUACACCUCGUGCCCGCUUAUUUGCUGAUAGUUUACAACAUUCAGUCUACUGUAGUUAAAAUGUCUAACAAGCAUAUUAUAUAGCAGGGUUGGGAAAGACGGGACACCAUCAGCAAAUAAUAUCCACAUAUCCUGACCGUGUUUUAAACAAUUAACAACAUUCCUCUUAUAAUGACGGAAGCAUCACAAAACACACAACCUUCAACGUCGGCCCGAGAUAAUACUAACCGCAGAAAUGAAACACAAUCAGGAAUUGAAAUGGAUGUUCAAACUGGAGAAACCGUUUCCAGAAUUACAGCGCAAGAUGUUCAUAUUCAUAAUUACCAACGAUCCAAUGCUGUACCAGUUAUACCACCAUCUCCAGUUAUGACACCAGAAGAAGCAAUAAGAAGGGUAAUGGAAAACAAUAGAAAUCAUAUUGAAGGGGCAUUAGAUGUGAUUGACAAGCACAAUGUUGAUCUAAGCCAAAUACCAGUAGUUCACCCUUUGAUAGAAAAUACUUGGUUCUUUGGUGGUGAAGCUGCAUUGGCUGAUGAGGAAUAUAAUCCAUCUACAUUCAAUCGAUAUGUGCAAGCAAAUAUUCGUUUUGAUCAGCUGCUUGAACAGAGGCAUGAGUUUAAAAGAAUGGCCAUUAUUGGUUACCCUGGCUCUGGCAAAACAACCUGUUCUCGUAGACUUGCUGAGAAUGGUUCACUUUAUUGCUUCCAUUUAAAGUUCAUGGAUAUGAACUACACUGAGAAAUUGACUCUACAACAACUGCUGAUAGACAACCAACACCCUGAGUUAACUCGUGAGGUAUGUGACCUCGCAUUUAGGUGGAUAUUAGACAACCAGGAGCAAUGUGUCUUCAUAUUUGAUGGUUAUGAUCAAGUAAGAUGGUCAAUUACAAAUGCACCGCCUAAAUGUCGCAUUACAGAUAAGCUUGAAGUUUCUGUUAUUGUUGGGAAUUUGUUUCAGAAACGUUUCCUUCAGCAUUCAAUGGUGAUAUUCACUUCCCGGCCCCACAGCUUGGUAUCUCUUCACAAAAGUGUAUGGCCUGAUUUAACUGUGCAUUUGUGGGAGUUUUCAUAUGAUGACAUGAAAAGGUUGUUCCGUGCUUUCGCUGGACACCGUGCUGAAGAUAUUUGGAACACGCUUGAAUCAUCUGCCCCACAAUUAAUUGGAAUAUGCCACAACCCACUCAUGUUGCAAUACACAAUCAUGGCUUGUUUAAACCCCUCCAGGCAUGUGGGAGACAUCAUCACUAUUACAAGAGUAUUUUCCACUGUACUAGAAAACCUUGCACAUUCUGAAUACUCAAAGGCAGACAACAAUAUCUAUGAAAUAAGGGACCAGCUGUCUGUUAUCGCUUACAAAGCAACAAGUGAAAAGAAGGUUGUAAUAAGUCAUGAAGAUCUCUUAACACAAGAUCUGGAUAUCAAAAAGGUUCAAGAUUUAGUGAUUGUCACACCUGGAUACAAAGGCAUUGGAAGCAGAAUAUUCGAAGGCGAGUUAAAGGUUUACUUCACGCAUCAGUGCACACAGGAGUAUUUGACAGCGUGGUACAUUAAAUAUCACAUGGGAGUUGAAGAGUUUUCUGAAUUCUGUCAAAACAAACUAUUUACUGGACACUGGUCAACUGUUCGCAGAUUCCUUUGUGGGUUAUUGGUUGACGAUCAAACAACAACUCAUAGGACAGGCGGUUUGUCAGCUGCAGAUAUUGCACGAAAACGCCAGGUAUUAUUGGAGAAGCUUAUACCCCAAACAACAAUGAACACAGACGACUUGCAAAAUCCAGGUCAUUAUCAAAUUGUUAAUCACAAUGUUCGAGAACGAUUCACUCUUUUCAAAUCACAAUUGGGCGACGUUCGGGAAUGCAACAAUGAUUACGUCACAGAGCAGGCAGUUCGCGAAUUUCCCGCCCACCUUAUUUUCACAGGGAUUCGGUUCACAACUAGCGAAGCAUUUGCGUUGGGGUACGUUAUGAAAAAAGUCAGAAAAACUAUAACACGCCUUGAGCUACAUACAUGUUACUUGACGUCAGACCAAUUUCGCCAUAUUGCUGAUGGAAUUAAAGCUAUGCCUGGAUCUAUCGAGACUUUGAUUUUAAUCAGCAACACGUUAGCUUUCAAUGCUGUCGAUGCAAUUUGUGGAAUUCUACCAAAAAUUACAAAAUACUUUAAAAUGUGGGAAGCGUUUAUUGACGAUGACCAAGAACCUGCAGAUUUGUAUGGUGACGAUAUAAGUCGGGUGCAGGACGCUCUGGAUGCCAUUCCGAAUACGAACUUAAAAAUCUACACUUCACGAGACAGGAUCUUACAGAAGCAAAAUACAUCGACGUCUACCUAAGUCACAGCCUAUAUAGAAGAUAUUGCAAUCACUGCUUUUAAUGUAAUGUUACGAACACUUACCUUUUGUUAACACUUGAACGUGUCUAAAUAUUACCUUGCGAUUACCUAUAUGCAUUUGAAUUAAGCGAACAAAUAGUAUAUGAACACACAGUUUGUAUGACGUGUUGAAUGAAUGUAACUUAUUUAUCCUCGCGCUGCGGGGCAACAACGGUUGUUAGAGCACGUGUGUUCUGUUUCAUAUACGCCCACUUAUAAGUCACCACGUAUAUACCUGAUUUGCAUUUUCUGAAUGAUUAACAAUUUGGACAAGCCAUUCGUUACCACUGUUUUGUUGUCUUAAACUCGUCCCCAAAGAACAUACGUUGAUCGUAGUGGUAGCACCGAGGCUUGAAUCUCAUACCCUUUGGUUAAUAGGUCAGCACUGUAACCACUGUACUAAACCAAACCACCAACGCAGUUUUGCCUAUUCUGUUGUAAUCAUAUUUAACACGCGAGUUUAUUCAGAUUGUACCUGGUAAAAUACAAAGACACAAUAUAAAA